AUCUAAAAUUCGAAUCCUCCUAGAAAAAGAGAAGAGAAAUGAAGAUGACGACGAAUUCCGAAGAAGAAGAGGAAGAAGAUUUCAACUCCUAAUUAUUUCAAUUCCUUUAUCUCCUUAGGAAUUCUUCUUCUUCUUCAUCAGAAUUCAGAAGGCGAAUUUUGGGAAACGAGAGAUUUAGGAUUUCAUCAAUCAAAUUCAGGGAUUGAGAAUUGAAAUUGGGGUUUUUUUCUUUCUUGAUUGAUUGAUUUCUGGAAGAAAAGAAUCAAUCGAAUCAAAUGGCUUCUUCUUCUUUGGGAAUCAGAUGUGGUGGCUCGAUUCUGAAAUCAUCUAUUGAAUCAUCAUCGUCUUCAUCUUGUACUUGUCUUCAUUUUCAGAAUCAUCAUCAUCUCAAAUUCAAUCAGCAGAAGCAGAAGAGAAUCACUCUACAAGGAUGUUCGAUUUUGAGUAAUCAUCAUCACAGAAACAGAAGAGGAUCAGUAGGGAGUAAUUGCACUGCAUCUACAACAACAGCAGCUUACUUGGAUACAGUUUUUGGGACAGAAAUGAACAAGAAGGAGAAGAAUCAACAGAUACAGGAGAAGAAUCAGGAGAAUGCAGUUUCAGCAGUUGUCAGAGAAAUCAAGGUCGAAGUGUAUGGAGAUGGGGAGGAGGAGGAUGAAGAGAAUAAGGUACCUUCUUCUCCCAUCUCUGCUGACAAGCUUGAUGAAUGGAUGACAUUUUCAGUUCCCGAGAUUGUGAAGAACAUAGGAGAGGCGCCGCUACUGGUGCAAAUUUACUCAUCAAUAAGUAAAGGAGUUGGGGGAAUUUCAUCAAUUGGAUCUUCUAAUUCUACAUCUACUACUGCUGCAGAACCAGUGCUCGAGAAGACGAAAGCUGACGCGGAUAGUUGGAAUGGUGUUACAAAGAGAUGGGAGGAAGGGAGUCUUGUACCUGAUGGAAUCAUACUGGUUGAACAGCUAAAGGCGGAGGAGAGUGACGGUGGCGAGGACGAAAAUGACGAGGUUAUUGCCUCGGAUAUGAGUGGUAACAGCAGUAGCAGCACAAAGACAUGGGGGGUGGUAAUCCAAGGGAGAGGAGUUGAAUCUGCAUCAUCUUGUUAUAUUCUGAAAACAUGUAGAGUUGGGUCAUCACUUGGGUUCUGCACUCACUUCUGCUUGGCUAGAGCUAAGUGUUUUGGGGAAAGCGCGGUUUUGCAGCUCAAGUACUCAUGGCUACUUGGUCACUGAAUGCGCAAUUAGAACAAGGCCGUGGUGAUGGUGGUUGAUGGAGCUGGGAGAAUGGGGGGAAUGUACAUAGAUAUGAACAAUUUUAGAGAAAAGUAGUUGAUAUGGAUUAUUACCCUCAAAUUGGGUUUGUAAUUGUCUGGAUGAUUUCAUACAUUGUUUACAGCAAUACAAGAUUGCUGUAACAAAUGCUUGAUUGAAUAUAAAUAAACUAGAACUUCUUAGCCAGCGCGCAA